GAGGGGUGGGGGGUGAGGAGGGGACCUGAGCUUCACUCACUCACUCACACACACACAUACAUACACACCUUCCCCCAUGCCUUUGCAAUCUGGCUACACCCUCCUCAUCAUCCCUCUGCACAGCAGCCUUGAAGCAACCAGUUUCUUCCUAUGGCUGAAGCGGAUGAAGGAGCUGGAGCAGCAGCGCGAUGUCCUAUGGCAUGGGCUGGAGAUGGUGGACCGGGCACGGGAUUGGUAUCAUCAGGAGAUCCAUGGCGUAGACCAGAGACUGCGGCAUGGCAGUGAGGGUUUGGGAGAUAAUGAUUAUGCUUCCAAUUCACGCCCAAACCGUGUCUCUCUUCUUCAGGACAAGAUCCAGCAUGUCAACUACUGCCUCUGUGAUUUCAUAUCCAACGCAGAGAGGAUGUUGCUGCCUCACCACCGGACUGCACAGCCUGAUGCUGAACAUCUGCCAAGAGGGAAGGGCAGGAGAUUCCAGCAACGGACCCUGGAUUCCCUUAAACAACAAAAUUAUUUGCUGACCAAGGAAGUGUCAAAGAAAAGCCAGUGGAUCACACAGCUGGAACAGGAGAAGGCGGUCCUCAUCAAACAGCUGUUGGAGGCUCAGUUCGAAGGCCAUGCUCAAUCCAGCUGGAGCAGAUCCAUCUUUGUCUAGGCCAGUGCUUGAGACACCGGUUAACAUGUUCACCAAUGGGGUCAGGAUUGCCCUGAAUUUUCCCAGCUCCCCAGGCCUCUUGUCUAGCUGGAAUAUUAUACGUUGGGAGUUUUAUCAAAGAAUCAAGGAAUGGUUAUAACGCAAGCGGAUAUUCGUCCCAUUGUGUCUGUGCUGGUUCUCUGACGAGCAGGUUAAGAGGACAUUUGAUAGAGGUGUUGAAAAUCACGAGGGGGGGUGUCUGGACAGAGCAGAGAAAGAGAAACCCGUUUCCAUGGGCAGAAAGGUUGAGAACCAGAGGCCACUAACUGAAAAAGAAGCAAGGGCGACAUGAGGAAAACCUCUUUUUUUUAAUAAAACGCAGUGAGUGGCUAGGAUCUGGAAUGCAUUACCUGAGAGCGUGGUGGAGGCAAGUUCAAUUGAGACGUUCAAAAGAGAACUGAACAAUUAUGUGGGGGUGGGGGGUGGUAAUUAUAGGGCAGCUGGGAAAAGGCAGGGGAGUGGGACAAGUUGAGUUGAGAAAUCCAGCAUGGACCACAACAGGUCAAAUGGCCUCAUGUGCUGCAACCAUUCUAUGAUUCUAAGAGCAAUGAUUCUGGUUCACCGCCAUUAAAUUUCCCUUUCAUCUUCUCUUCUCGAAGGAUAACAAUCUCAGUUUUGAGGGGGUGGUGUCAGCAGAACACUUGACCGACUGUCAUCAGAAAUCACCCAAAAUGAGAGAAUUCUCGUCGAUUUUGCAAGCGCCCAAUCAGAAAAUCAACUGACACCGAGCCACAUCAGGAGACGCUAAGAUGGGUGACUCAAAGCUCGGUCAAAGAGAUAGGUUUAUAAGGGGCCGCCCUAAAGGAGGGAAGUAAGGUAGAGAGGUUCAGGGAGGGAAUUCCAGAGCCUAAGGGUCUAGGCUAAAGGCACAGCCACCGUUGCUAGAAUGAAGGAGCUGAGGGAUGCGCUGGAGACUAGAAUUGGAGGAGAGCAGAGUUUUGUGGAAGAUUGCAGGUCCUGAGGAAGUUAGAGGUAGGGAGGGGCAAUGCCGCUGAAAUUGGCGAUUUCACCACAAUCCCUAAUUUCGAUUUCGAUAUGGGCAUGAUUGCCCAUCAUGAAGCCCUGCCCAUUGGCAUCAUAAAUAGUGGCCAUGAAUGAUAGAAAAGGUCCCCAUUCAUAAAAUUGCUGAGUCGAGCUCCAUGCUAUCUUGGCUGCUCCUUGCACGCUGUCUGAGGCUAGCAAUUCCAGAGUUUAAAACCAUGGUGAAUACCAGUUGAGUAACAGCCAUGCAUUAAUGAACAGAUAUUGUGACUAUGUCUAUGCAGAGAUUUAGGGAUGAUUCCGAGUAUCUCAAAUGCAGUACUGCCUCACCUGUUUAGAUAUCACACUCCUUUAAGAUUGCUGCUUAAAUAAAGGUCCUUGCUUUUCUGUG